AUGGCGGCGUCUAUAGAAGAAGAUAGUGUUCCCAUUCCAAAGUUCAACGCGUCCUUAGGGCGCAAAAAUCGGGCAGUUGUCGAGUCUGUGACGUUUACCCCAUAUUUCCCGUACAUCAGGUUUGAUGGCUCUGUGAAAGUGACGUCGAAUGAGAUCGACUCAUUUGAAGGAGUACCCACAGCUUUGCUAUGCAAAGUUAACGGACCACAAAACCUGACCUUGCAAUGGAAGUUCGGCAACUCAAAGAGUAAUUUUAGUAGCUUUCAGCCAUUUUUUGGGCGAAACGUGACAACUGUUUCUAAACUCAUGCGAACCGACCCGGUCAGACCUUGCGUCCGAUACAGUCAUUCGUCUACUCUGGCGUUUUUCGUAGAGGACAAGUAUGAGGGCUACGUGUAUGUGUGUGUGGCUACAGAAAACAACAGAGACACCGUUGUAGGGAAUAAGACAAUGUACGACAUCAUAGAAAGUAUACAACAAAGAGCAACUGUUUAUGGAAAAAGUUUAACAAUGACUGAUACACUAGUCAACCCUAACGUGGUUGCCGAUGGAGGAUCUUUCACGCUGAGGUGUCUGCCCCCAUCAACUGUCCCAUCAUACGUAACAAUUGUCGACAUGCUAACUAUAAGCAGGAAAAGUGGGACAAAUGUGCCUGAACGCUUAGCAGAUUACUAUAUCUCUCAAUUUCCUUCUAAGCUGCAA